CCUACCUUGCUCUCCUUCCUUCCCUCCCCAGUCCCUCACUCCCUCUCUUCCCCUCAGGCUGGCAGGAUUCCUCGGGCAGAGCAUGCAAUCAGUUUGCAGAGAGCAGCCGCAGCCACAGGAAAGAUGCAGAAGCACAACCAGAAGGAACACCUCUACAAGCUGCUGGUGAUCGGGGACCUGGGAGUGGGCAAAACCAGCAUCAUCAAGCGUUAUGUCCACCAGAACUUCUCCCCACACUACAGGGCCACCAUCGGGGUGGACUUUGCUUUGAAGGUGCUGAACUGGGAUGCUGAGACUGUGGUACGGCUGCAGCUCUGGGAUAUUGCAGGACAGGAAAGAUUUGGAAACAUGACCAGGGUGUAUUACAGAGAGGCUAUGGGGGCGUUUAUUGUCUUUGAUGUUACAAGACCUGCAACGUUUGAAGCAGUGACAAAAUGGAAAGAGGAUUUGGACUCUAAGUUGGUUCUUCCAAAUGGCAAACCUGUGCCAGCAGUCCUUUUAGCAAACAAAUGUGACCAGGGAAUAGAUGUUCUUAUGAACAACGGCAUCAAGAUGGAUCAGUUCUGCAAAGAGAACGGGUUCGUGGGCUGGUUUGAAACAUCAGCCAAGGAAAAUAUAAACAUCAAUGAAGCUUCGAGAUGCUUGGUGAAACACAUAAUUGCUAGUGAGAGUGAUCCAGUUCAGUCUGUCGAACCAGAUAUUAUAAAACCACACUUGAAUUCCUCCAAGAUUGUCAGUUGUUCAGCUUGCUUUAAAUCCUAAGAGACUUCCAGGCAAGAGCUGAACAACUAUGAUUCACAAUUUAUACUUUAUUCAAAGAAACCAGCCUGCCCACAUUUCCCCUAAGCAGAUUGCCAUUUUCUUAAAAAUACAUUUAAAUUUUACCUUUCUUUUUUCAGCUAAAUUUAUUAUUUCAGCUCAUUUAUUAUGAGAUAUUCAUUGAUAGCAACUGUUCAAAACUCUCUUUGGCUGUUGGUCAAACAAGACUCAUAUCAAACCCUAUUUCUUUGCCAUGUGGUUUCUGAAAACUGUUAUUUGUGAUGUGACUGUGGCAGCACCUUAAUUGUCCAUUGAUUUCCCGUGUGUUUUCUAAAUAUCUUGACCAAGGAAAUGUCAUCAUUGCACUCUUUGUCAUCCCUCAAACUUGAACAAUCUUGUUUCAUAUGAGGAAGGUGAUGAUGAAAACAAAGUUGAGCUGUUCAGAAAGAGAUACCAAGAAUGCUCACAGUUAAAUAUUCCCAUUGUAAUUUCAGUCUCCUGGAUGGUGUGCCAGGACUGAACAUGAUGGAACAUUUCACAUCAUUCAGUUCUCCAGAAGAUCUGAGCUUCUGAGACAGAUGAAGAAUUGGCUCCCUCUUUCUGAGGAAUUGCACCCUCAUAGUUGAUAGCAUUAUCUUAAAUGAAGCAAAGUGGAACAAGUCAAGGGUGAGGGGUGACAAAACAGGCAAUCAAGGGUACAGUCUCCUGGGUGAAGCAGAUCAGGGCUUUCAGAAAGGGUCAUCUAUUCUAUAAAGCUGGCAUUUCCUCUGAAAAGCCCACAUUGAUUUUUUCCCUGUCUCUCAUCCCUCAUGCCACAGAUAUCCCUGUGUGUUUAAACUGUGUGUAUUCUGUAAGUCCUAACAUGCCUCCCUUCAUUAUGUUUAUGCUCAUGAGAAAAUUCACUAUCCACACUGUAACAUCACAGCAUGACUUUUCAGGAAUACAUCUGUGUUGAGUAGAAGGGUAUUUGCUUUCUGAAAACAUUCUUCUAAAAUGUAUAUGAAUGAUCACAGGAAGCAAGCAAAAUGAAACAGUCUUAAGAGACACUUCUGGAAGAUGUGAAGAAUUUAUUGAGCCAUACUGUGGAAAUGAAAAUGUUGAUUUUCACAAAAAAUCAGGUUGGUGGAGUCAUUCAGAGAAGUGUGUCUAGACAAGUAGUCUUGACAUCUGGCUGCCAAGCCCCUUCAAGAAAAACUUUGCCUCUAUCCUGCCAUAGACAAAUCACUUGCAUUUUCUAUUCUUACUCAAACUUUUCCUUCCUAAGCUGUGAUCUCUCAGUUUCAGGAGCUGUCUUCAGAGAUGGGUUCCUCUUAGAGAGGUGUAACAGCUUGGAAGGGAGGAGACAAAAAUCUCAUCAUGCCUUAUGUUUGCAGAUGUCACUGCAAUACUUCACUGAACGCUUAGUUGGAAAUGAAGGAGUGAAAUUCUCAGUCUAGUGAAUACCUGCUGCAUAGGAAAAAUGAAAAAAAAAAAAAUUCUUCAAGCUGACCUUAUAUUAUGAGACCUAUGAGGUUCAUGUGCCUGUAAAAUUCAUCCUACUUGUCAAUAUAAGGUUUAUGUUUGGACUCAGAGUUCUUUUCCAACCUAAAUGAUUCUGUGACAUUGUGCCUCUGUCGGUAAAGGCUUUGUUCCUAUAUAGGCACUGCAGACAAGAGCUACAUUUCUCUCCCUGGAGAGCCAGGGACAGAGACAUAGCUCUUUAUGUGCUCUUCCUAAAGCCUUCAAUUCUUCUCACAGGAUUUUGGAAGAAGAAAGCAAAAUGUCUAGUUUUAAAAAUAAAAAUUCACAUCCAGAAUUAAUCUGCACAGACAUAGAUGUGUGGAUACACGUAUAUAUAUAAUGAGCUGGCUUUUUUGAGGGUAAUUUUCAAGUUGUCAUGGAUGCUGUGUUAUCCUUUAAUACCUGUGUUCAACAUCCUUUAACUCCUGCUGUGAUCUGUGUCAAAUACCUUAAGCUUCCUGCCUCAGCUUCCUCAUCAGUAAAACAGGGAUCUAUGUACACACCUACCUCACAGCACUCCCUGAAAGUUACUGUUGGCACUGUGCCUUGGGAAUACUGGUUCUACAAAUGCCAAGCUCUGACACUGCUCAGAACGAUAUAUGAGUGCCCUCUAGCAUAAAUACAUGGUGCUGUAAAGCCUUAGUGUUCUAAAUCUGUCAAAGGCUUGCCCGUGCUACAAAAAUUAGCUUCAAUUAUUCCACCUCAGUUAAGCUGGUCAAGGUUAUAAAGCAACGUGUGACUGCAUGGGAUGAUCAGAUUGGCUGCAGAUGGUCUGCAAGUGGAAACUGUGGCUGCACAGAUGUCAUGGUACUAGUUUAAUAAUCUCAGCAACAAAGCUGCAAUUCAGAACCAGUGCCACAUCACUUAUUCCAAAUGUAAAUCACCAUUUAAGUCAAGUUAUAUGGGUGCCUUAUUAAGGAUAACAAUUCAUAUCCUGAGCCAACACUGUGGAGGACACAAGGAACUAGAUAUUUCAGAUAGCUUCUAAAGGGAUAAUUUUUCAUGAGUUGAGCCCCACACUUCACUUAUAAAUCUGUAGGUCUCAGGUGAAACAGGAAAUUACCAUUUCAUCCAGAAAUACUUUUAUGCCCAACUCACAACAAACCUGGUAGUUCCUAAUGUGUUUUGCUUAUCUUCAUAUCACCUUUAUUUGUUGGCUUCUAGCAUUACUCACUAAGCAUAAUGGGAAUUUCCACAAGAUUUUGAGAGAUAUGGCUAAAGAUGUGGUAUAGCAGUAAUUAAAACAACCCUGUAUAAAUAAAACACUUAGAUGACAUAUAGAGAUGUUUUUGUUCUGCACUCUAUUGUAUAAAUCAGUUUUAAAGUAUGGGCUCAUUAUCUGUUCCAUAAUAUUUCUGCUGUGUCAGGUUCCACUGCAGUCACUUCUUGGGCAGAUUUUCCACCUCUGGAAAUUCCUGGAGGACAGAAUGUGGCCAAUUACUAGACUAAGGACUAUACAAACUGUAAGAUCUAAAGUCAUAAAUAUUUACACCACGAGAAUUAGAACAGUAUCACAAAGAAUCAGGCCUCCUUAGGAGGUUACAUAAUUACAUAUGUUCAUUUUUAUUUGUACUAAAGUGAUAAAAAUCUGUCAAGUCUUUUUCUAUAACAUAAUAAAUGUGUGAAUGCAACCUGACUAUCUAGAAAACAGAGCCUUUUUUCAGAGGAGGUUGUUGUAGGCAGGCCAGAAUAAAAGCUUUAAUUUAGAAUUAAUGAGCUCCAUUUGUGCCAAUACCCUUUCAGGAAAUGUAAAGUUUAAUUAUACUGUGUCAGUUCCUAAAAGGUUGGAUUUUCUUAGGUUUUUUGAUGCACUCUGUGCUGUGUCCUCUUUGCUGGCCACCAGGGAGGAGGCAUCUUAAUCACAUGUCCCUUUCAAAAUUAAACAUUUUCUCUUUCUGUUUGCAAUAAGUAAUGAACAAUGAGUCUCUAUUGCCUCGCAAAUGAGAGAGAGAUACUGCAAAGUGGAAUUAAAAUUAAUUUUCCUUCUAGUUCUCAAAUACACCCCUCUGGGUGUCCCAGCACCUCAAGCCACAUGUUGAUGAGCGAGGGAGGGGUGCUGGACAUGAAAGAUCAUCCAAAAAAAAAAAAAAAACACCUCAAAGAAAACAGUGGCUGAACAUCUUCAUCCCCCAGACAUCAUUUGCAACACCAGUAAUGACAGAAUGUCUCAUUUUCCGUAUCUGAAGCUCCAUACAAAAAUCUUUCAUGAUCCUAAAUACUUUGGGCAGCAUAUACAUAUCACAGAUAGGAAAAUGGAUGCAGUGAAAGAUAAAUACUCAGUUAUUCCAGAAAGAUCAUAAUUUAUUUGACCAGGUUCAGCUUUCAAUAGAAAGCCAUUUGGAAAACUGAAAAUCAGGCUUUGUUAUUCUUUCACACCAUUUUUUUAGAUAAUGUAUUUUUAAUAACUUUUCUAUUCAGGAAUAGCAGUUCCAACUGUACUUUAUGCAUUCAGCUUGAAUUGUUGUACAUCAAUAUUUUAUCUUCAGAUUUUUUUUCUCUGUUUUAACCUACCUGACUAUAUAAAAUGGGAAGGGAGGGAAAAGGGGAAUGAGAAUGCUCACCUUUAAACAGCAGUGUUGUUUUACUUCUUGAAACAGCUUUUCUAGCAGGAUAAAGUGAAAUUGGUAAACAGAUGUGAGAAAUUAAUUUAGUGUCAAUUGCCAGGAAACAGUCAAUCAAAAUAUCUUUUACUGCACCAAUAUUUAUGCAUGUGACUGCAGGUUCUAUUGUAAUAAAAGAUGGAAUU